AUGGGAUUCUUGAACAAAAAAGCCGAUGCUCCUGCGCAGGAGCCCAAGAGGGAUCCCUCGCCCAGCAGUGGAGGCUCUGAGACGACUCCCUCGCAGCAGGAGAGAGUCACCCUCCUUGCCUGUGCCCUGGGAGCCAUUGCCGCCAUUGGAGGCUUCAUCUUUGGCUAUGUCAGUGGUCAGAUCUCGGGUUUCUUCUUGAUGAAGGACUAUGCCCGCCGCUUCGGAGAGCUGCAGAGUGAUGGAUCAUACGACUUCAGCGCUGCCCGCCAGGGCACCAUCGUCGGUCUCCUCUGCGUGGGAGCCCUCAUUGGCUCCCUAGUUGCCGGCAAGAUGGCAGACACCGUCGGCCGUCGCCUGUCCAUCUCCAUGUUCGCCUUCUUCGCCUGUGUCGGAACCAUUAUCGAGAUCUCCUCGUCGACCCACUGGGUUCAGUUUGCCGUUGGCCGUCUCGUCACUGGUCUGAGCAUCGGUGCCCUCUCCGUCGUCGUCCCCAUGUACCAGUCAGAGAGUACCCCUGCCGUCAUCCGCGGUGUCAUCGUCUCGUCGUACCAGCUGCUCAUUACCAUGGGUAUCUGGACGGCCGAGAUGGUCAACUGGGGAACCGAGACCAGGCCCAACAGCGCCGCAUGGAGAAUCCCCAACGGCCUCACCUUUGCUUGGGCCCUGGUCCUCGGUGCUGGCAUCCUGUUCCUCCCCGAAAGCCCCCGGUUUGCCUACAGCCGCGGCCGCGUCGAUGAGGCUCGCCAGACGAUUGCCCGUCUCCAUGGCCUCUCCACCGACUCGGACAUUGUCAACAACCAGAUCGCCGACAUCCAGGCCAAGAUUGACGAGGAGAGCGAGAACACGGCCGCGUUCAGCUGGACCGAGAUCUUCACCGGCCCUCGCAUGUUCUACCGUACGGUCCUCGGUGUCGUUCUCCAGGCCGGCCAGCAGCUCACUGGCGCCAACUUCUUCUUCUACUUUGGCACGACCGUCUUCGCUGCCACUGGCAUCAGCAACAGCUAUGUCACGCAGAUUAUCCUCGGAUCGGUCAACGUGUUUGCCACCAUCAUCGGUCUCUUCAUCAUUGACCGAUUUGGCCGACGUGUCAUUCUCAUGGCUGGUGCCUCCUGGAUGAUGAUGUGCUUCCUUGUCUACGCCUUUGUCGGUCACUUUGCUCUCGACCACGAGAACCCCAUGCUCACCCCCAAGGCUGGAUCCGCCCUGGUCACCUUCUCUUGCCUGGCCAUUGCCGCCUUCGCCGUCAGUUGGGGACCCCUGGUCUGGACUGUCAACGCCGAGCUGUACCCCAUCCGCUACCGAAGCUUCUGCAUGGGCAUUGCCACUGCCUCCAACUGGUUCUGGAACUUCCUCAUCUCCUUCUUCACUCGAUUCAUCACCGACAAGAUCGACUACUUCUACGGCCUCAUUUUCGCCGGAUGCUGUGCCGCCCUCGUCGUCAUCGUCUUCUUCUUCCUGAUCGAGUCCAAGGACCGCACGCUCGAGGAGAUUGACACCAUGUACGUCCAGCACGUCAACCCCAUUACGUCGAGCCGAUGGAACGCCGCCCAGUUCCGAGACGAGAUGAGGGAGACGCAGACCAACGAUGUGCGAGAGCACGCUCACGAGGAUGAGAAAUAA